AUGAAAUUUCAGGUUUCUAGACUGGUAAUUCUCCAUGAGGAAGCGGAAGAUGGAAAUGCUAUGCCAGAUCUUACUCGACCUGUUGGGGCUGUAUCUCGAGCUGUCGAUAAUUUAAUUAAGGUCGGUUAUGAUACGUGCCAUUCAUCGGAUGAUCGUAUUUUGCAAGAAGAUAUGCCGCCAGCAUUACAGCGAGUUGAGACAAGUUCAAGAUUAUUGGAAGAUGCAUGUCAUAUGUUAAAAAUGGAUCCAUAUUCUGGACCAGCACGGAAGAAAUUAAUCGAAGGUGCCCGAGGCAUACUGCAAGGAACAUCAGCUUUAUUGCUUUGUUUCGAUGAAUCUGAAGUACGGAAAAUAAUUCGUGGGUGUCGCAAAGUUUUGGAUUACUUGGCUGUUGCCGAGGUUAUCGAAAAUAUGGAUGAUCUUGCACAAUUCGUGAAGGAUAUAAGUCCAUGGUUGACUCGUGUAUCAAAAGAUAUUGAUGCGAGAGAAAAAGAAUUGACACAUCAAGUUCAUCGUGAAAUAUUGCUUCGUUGUAUGGAUACAGUAAAAACCUUGUCACCAAUAAUGAUAUGCGCUAUGAAAAUUUUUAUUCAGUUGACUGAACAUUCACAAAGAGGACAGUAUGAAGCGUCUGAAAAUCGUAACUAUUUAGCUCAACGAAUGGUGGAUGAAAUUAAUGAAAUCAUCCGUGUAUUGCAACUAACAACUUAUGAUGAAGACGAAUGGGAAAGCGAUAAUGUUACUGUUAUGAGAAAAGCAUUAAGUGCUGCGCAAAGUUUACUUGGUGCAGCUCUUGAUUGGUUAAACGAUCCACGUGGACGUGUUGGUGCAAUAGGAGAAAAAGCUAUAAGGCGUAUUGUUGCAUAUUCUGAACGUAUAGCUUCACGUGCACUUCCUGAAGAUGCGCGCAUGAUACGGCGUACAAUUAAUGAUAUCACCUCGUUGGCUGAUUCUUUAUGUGAAAUUCGUUCUCAGGGUGGUGACAACCAUGGUUUAGCAGUGAACUGUUCCAAUAAACUUAAGGAACUUGUUGGAACAAAAGAAAUAUCUGGCAUGCUUCCUAGUGCAUUGAUAAAUACUCAGCGAACUGGUGGUGUACAUCCAGCUCAUACUGUUGCUGGUCAACUUGAACAAGCAUUUAGGUGGCUUGAUAAUCCCGGCAUUAACGAUGAUGGCUUGGGUUUGCAAGCAAUCAAAGCGAUAACAAAUGAAGCAAAGAAAUUAUGUGACAUAUUAUCACCAGCAGAUCGCGCAAGGAUGCUUGAUUUGUGUUCGGAUGUUGAUCGCCUUGCCAGUCAGCUGCUAGAUUUAGAACGGCGCGGUCUCGGAAAUACACCAGAAGCAGACAAAUUGAGAUAUCAGUUAAGAAAUAAAUUAAGGGAAUUGGCAGAUUUUAUGAAAGGAGUGAUAACAGAUCGAGUUAUUGAAGAUUUUGCUGAUAUAUCAACGCCAUUAAAACAGUUCGUUGAUGCAGUUUAUGCACCUCCAAGUAUGCCAAAUCGUGAGCGAAAUUUCGAAGACAAAGCGCAAAACCUUGAUCAUCAUAGUUCAAGAUGUACGCAGACUGCACUUUUGGUCGCAAAAUGUGGUCCAUGUAAAAAUAAGAAAACUGUUGAAGCAAUUAUUGAUACAGCGCAUCGUGUAAGUGCUAUGACACCACAAGUGAUAAACGCUGGUAAAAUUCGUUUACAUAACGACACAGAAUCCGCGAAUCAACAUUUUGAAAACAUUCAUCGUGAAUAUUCUGAUGCUCUGAAUGCUUUACGUGCACAUGUCGAUGAUGCAAUUGAUACUGGUGAUUUCAUUCGUGCAAGUGAACAAGCAAUGCGUCGUUACACGAACUGUUGUGAAGAUGCGAUACAAGGAAACGAAGCACAACGAAUGGUUGAUAAUACAUCGCAAAUUGCUAGAUUAGGGAAUCGUGUCUUAAUGACUGCGAAAAAUGAAGCGGACAAUUCUGAAGAACCAUCAUUUGUGCAGCGUGUUAAUCAUGCUGCUCAACAGCUCCAUUCAGCUAUUCCCCCCAUGGUAAAUCAAGCGAAACAAGUAGCAUUGAAUCCGCGACAUACAGGAAACGCUCAGAAUUGGCGAAAUGCUAAUGAUCAUCUCUUAUCUGCUGUACGUCAAGUAGGUGAUGCAAUAACUGGAUCACCACAUAUGAAUCAAACUGUUUUGAUUGAAUCGGUUCCAUUAAAAGCUCCGACGAGUCCUGUAGUUCAUGAUCAUAUCUAUAUAAGAGAAGAAAUACCAGCACCACCACGUCCUCCACCUCCAAUUGAAAUAAGUCCACCCCCACGACCUCCACCACCUCCAGAAACUGAUGAUGAAGAGGAAACAAGAGCUUUCUGGGAAAGAUAUCCUCUGCCUGGUGCAUCUAGUCAACCGAUACUGAGUGCUGCUCAUAAUUUACACCAAGAACUACGACAGUGGUCGAGCCACGAAAAUGAUAUUGUUGCCGCAGCUAAGCGUAUGGCUAUAUUAAUGGCUCGACUUAGUCAAUUGGUUCGAGGUGAAGGUGGGACUAAAAAAGAUCUUAUCGAUUGUGCCAAGGCGAUUGCAGAUUCAAGCGAAGAAGUCACUCGACUUGCUGUUCAACUUGCCAGGCAAUGCACUGAUAUUAAAAUGAGAAUGACACUUUUACAAGUCUGUGAGCGCAUUCCGACGAUUGCAACUCAACUUAAGAUUCUAUCGACAGUAAAAGCAACUAUGCUGGGAUCGCAAGUAACUAUUGGACCAUAUGGACAACAAAUUGAUGGUAGCGAAGAAGAUGAAGAAGCAAUGCAACAACUGGUCCUUAAUGCACAAAAUCUAAUGCAAUCAGUUAAGGAUACAGUUCGAGCUGCAGAGGCUGCUUCAAUUAAAAUUCGAACUAAUAGUGGGCUUCGAUUACGAUGGAUUCGUAAACCAAUGUGGUCUAAUUUCUAA